AAGAACGAAUGAACUUGAUCUCAAAAGUGGCCCAUCCCCCUAAACUUCCGCUUCCUCCUCCAUUCUCCAUUGAGUCUUGAAUAGCUGACGUCUCGCAGAGUGCCAGGAGGCCGCAAACUUUUUACAAAUUUCACGAUGGUUGCCCAGAAGAAACAGAAAAAGGCUCUUGAGAGCAUCAACUCUCGCCUUGCGCUGGUCAUGAAGUCGGGCAAAUGUGUUCUCGGCUACAAACAAACCCUGAGGACGCUGCGACAGGGCAAGGCCAAGCUGGUCAUCAUUGCCAACAAUACACCACCUCUGAGGAAAUCUGAAAUUGAGUACUACGCUAUGCUCGCAAAGACCGGUGUCCACCACUACACAGGCAACAACAAUGAGCUCGGUACUGCUUGCGGAAAGUACUUCAGAGUGUGCACACUCUCCAUCACUGACCCUGGUGACUCUGAAAUCAUCAGAUCAAUGCCUGCGUCUGAGGGUGGACAGCAAUAGAUGUACCUCAAAUAAAUAUAAAAUU